AUGAAGCUGAACAUGGCUCUUGAAAACAGCCCGGAGAAAGUCUGGAAGAAGGAGAUUCUCUCGAUGACGGUGAGGGAGCUCCGUGAGGCCAGAGAGAAGGUGCAGAGGGAGGCGGAGGAGGUGAGGGCCUCUCUAAGGAGGCACCGGGCCCAGCUCUCCGCUCUGGCUCCUCUCAUUCAGGCAGAGGAGCAGCGUCCCGGGGGGUACGUGUCCCAGCACGUGCGCCCCCUGCCUGACGGACCCUCGCUCCCACACGGGCUGCAGCUCAAGGUGUAUGAGAACGGGCGGGACGCUGGAGAGACCCUGGUGUUCAUCAACAUGGCGGAAGUGGACAGGGGCUGUAAGGGGGACGCAGAGCUGUGCAUGGAGAGGCUCCUGCGAGUGAUCCACCAGAGGCUGGGGGCCCGGCCCACCCACGGCCCCUGUGGCCCCCGGUCCUUCCCCGCCCGCCUGUUCGACCAGUGGGGCCAGGCUGUGCUGGACCCAUCACUGCUCCGGAACGAGCAGGCUGUCUGGGUGUCCUACGGAGAGGAGUACCGGCCCCCCCGCCAAGCUGCCCUGACCCUGGCGUUGGAAAGAGCCACAGCGGUGGAGGAGCAGGACUACAGGGCCGUCUUCCGAGCCCCGCUGGACCCGGACGCGGAAUUACCAGCCGGAUUCAGGAAAUGGAAGGUGUGGGAGGGAUUCCCGCCGAAUUGCGUGUCCGAAGCACCUGGGGCCUCUCAUCUGGCCGACCGCGUGGACCCAGAUGCCCACUUCAUCCAGCUCAAGUCCGAUCCGCAGACGGUUCUGUUUCCUUCAGCCCACGUGGUGGACCGGGCCGGUCCGGCCGGGAGCAGUCAGGGCACGGGGUGGCCUCUGUCGCACGUGUGGAUCAUCACCAAGACCGGGCUGAUCCUGAGCCGCGUCCUGCCUCAGCUCUGCCUGGCCGUCUCCGCCCAGCCCGUCACGCUGACGGACGGAGAUGGCGCUCCCACCGAGGCCUUCCCGCUGAACGUUCGCCCCGAGUUUGUCCUGACCUUCCGGAAGAUUCGAAGCGGAGCAACCCUCAAUGACCAGGGGGCGCGGGAGGCGGGGAGGCGGAACGGAGGCGCACACGCGGAGCUGUUCACACACGACGUCGGGAACGCCGCUGAGAGCCGAGCAGCGCGGUCCACAGACGGGUCCCUCGGGGCAGGAGCCCAGCUGACGGUGGCCCUGCUGAGGAGACGACGAGGCAAACAGCCCCAGGCCUCUGCUCAGAGGUGGGCCAUCAGACAGGAGGGAGUGGGGCGGUCCGCUCAGUGGAAACGCUCCAAGGUGCAGAACCCGCUGUGGAACAAGCUCACCUACAUGUGGCCCACCUUGCCGGAUGGAGAACUCAACCAGGACCUGAGCUGGCCUCUAGAGGGCGCGCUGGUUCCAUGUGCUCCGCCUCUGACUGACUCGAGCAGGAGGGUGCUGGACUCCGGACCCAUGAGGCUGAGGGUGCUGAGGAAUGGGCAGCAGGGCGGCCACACCCAGGCUGUGACCGUGACAGCACCUGACACAACCAACAUGCUCAAAACACGGAAGAAGCCACAGACAGACAGAGGAGACUGCCUGGCACAAGAAGACGACAGCUCCAUAAAAAUUCACAAGCUGCAGUUCCAGCAGUUUCUCGAAAGGUGUGGAGAGGCUCUGGGCCUCCUCCGGGCGGCUCGGAGGCUGUUUGACAAAGAUGGUGAGGAAAUCUCCGUCCUCACCGGCCUACAGAGAGACCAGCUGGUAUACGUGUCAUGCGGGGAGCAGUGGGCGGACCCCCGACGCCAGCAGGCUGACAGGAAGAGGCGUGUCCUGCUGAGCGGCCUGGAACAGGAUGCGGCUCUGGUGCAACACUACUGCACCAUCCGCCACCAGCAGGAUCUGGUUCUAGAAGCUGUGGGCGACCUGAGGGAGGGGAACCAACUCACUGUGGCAGAACGCUGCAUCUCGCCUGAGGAAACAAGCAAGGAACCGUCCAAUCAGGAGCCAACCAACCAGGACACUGAUGAGGAGAACACCGAUGAAGAUCUUCUCAAUAUGCUAAAUGAGGACUCUCAUUCUAGAGCCCACCGCAAGUUGGACGAGAAGCACCUUCCUUUCAGAUACCCGUGGCAAGAGAACUGGGAACAUCACGAAGAUGUCGGCACUCAGAACGACAGAGAUGAGAGCUCCAACAAAGUGGAAGUGUGCAAGCCCAGGUCGGGGCCGAGGCAGAGGAGGGCAACGCAAGCCCAACUUCAGCAGUUUGAGCUCAGGGACGGGCAGAUCGUGAGCUGCCAGAGCCCCGGGCUGGCCCUGGGAGUGAGGUCAACAGAGGGGGCGCGAGCCGGGAUGACCCUACAGCUGCUGACCCGAAACCCAGACGACACCAACCAGCGCUGGGAACUGAGAGAAGAGGACCAGACCCUACAUCUGCUUGCUAGCCCUGGCCUGGUGCUCGCAGUGUCCAAAAUCACAGCCGGACACACCUGCACUCCAAUCCCCAUUCCUGGCUGUCCUGUCAUACUCCAGAAGCACAAGCCGUACCGCUACGGGGCAGCCCACCAGAGGUGGGGAUGGCUGCCUGAGGGCAGGGAGCUCGGAGCCUUCUUCACCACAGAGCUGGACCGGGCCGUGACUGCAGCCCUCAGAGCCUGCCUCUGUACCGCCUGCGUGUCCCCAGAACCACUGCACCAGCAGGGCUACUUCCUCGUCAGCUCAGGUGGGACGAGGAGAGUGGAGAUGUGCCCCACCUGUGCCAAAAUCCUGAGGGGAAAGCACGUCUUACAGGAGCUCCCGCCGGACUCCAUCUUCCGCUGCUCCACCGCCCGCCGGCACCCUGCUCUGAGCCCCCACGGGCCGUUCAAGAUCCUCACCGUCUGCAAGACGGACCUGGCCGGGGCCGCAGCGGAGGCAGUCCUUCGGGGCCUGGAGGAACGGCUGGAGGGUUUGAAGGCCGAGACGCGCCCCAGUGGGACCCCCAGCGCCUGCGCCCAGCCGGCCCCCAGGAUCCUGGCCCACAGGAACGGGCGGGGGCUGAGGGGGGGCCAGCUGAUCACCGCAGUGACAGUGCCCCUGAUGCUGGCUCAGUGCACCCUGAAGCUUCAGCUCCCCCGGGCCGCCUCACGCCUCUACACCGCAGACGGGACGCAGAUCCUCUCGGUCCCGCAGCUCAAAGCCUGGACCAUCAACGAGUGCCUGCAGGAGCACUGCGCAGGGGCAGACCCGGCUGAGCAGCCCACCAACCCCUCGGACGCCCACACGGGAGGUUGCCCGGGUUACGAGCCCCUCCCCCAGGUGACGGCAGAGGACCUGGACGCUGUGGACGAGGACCUGCAGCUGCUCAUCCUGAGGAGCCCUGUCCACCUCUGGGUGUCCUGUGGGGAGCCUUUCAUCCCUGUGGAGGCAGUGCAGAGGAAGCAGGAGCAACGGGAGAGGAGCUGGCUGCAGAAGGAGAAAGUGCUGGCUGAGCUCCUGAUAAAGAAACACAAGAUCAGGCACCUGCAAGGCCGGCGGAUCUCCGGGCAGAGUCCGGCCAGGAUGGUGCCCACCCUGAGCCCGGCCCAGCCUGUGGUGGUGGAGGGGGGCUGGACCCAGGCCAGUCAGGAGGAGCUGCAACUGAUGGAGGACCUGCACAACAUGGAGACGCACCUGGCAGGAGUGGAAACGGCCCAGGCGCAGAAGAGCAUAUCCGUCCCCAACAGGCAGUCCCAGGGUCUGCAGGACUUGUACAACCAGCCCGACGUCAAAAGGGUGCGGGCGUACCGGAACGGACACCCCAAGCAGGCGGCCUACGUCUGGGGGCGAAGCAUUGAAGAGCUCCUGAGUAACAGUGGCCCCAGGCUGGGCCUGCCCCAGCCGGCGGUCUGCCUCUACGGGGCUGACGGGGGCCCGCUCCGGGCCUGGGCCGAGGUGCAGAGGGACAUGCUGGUGUGUGUGUCGGCUGGAGGGCCCUUCCUCACCGCUGAAGACUGCAGGGAGAAGAUUGAGAUGAAAGCGCGGUACGCUCGAGCAAAGAAGAACUGCGGCUCGGAUGACAUCCGGCUGGAGAUGGAGACCAAGAAGUGUCCUGCGGAAAGCACAGCAGGCAGAUGGCUUGCCCUUCCUUGGGACACAGAGGCAGAAAACCAGAUACCGAUAACGGAGAAUCAAUGAAAGCUGCUGUCCCUGAAGCCGAUGACCUGGCAGGAUGGGAGGAGAGACUCGUGUUUCUGAUGAACGACCGCAUCACACUUCUGCCACCUGAUUAAUUCCCCUCACCACUGACGCACUUUGAUCAUCUCACCCAGC